GUCGAUCGGCGGGUUAGAGCAACUGAAGGUCAUUCUAGUAGUCGCUGAGGUCAUAUUCAGGUUUGUGUAGUGAGGACAUAACCCUUACAGCCUGUGUUAGUAGUUUUCUGGGAAGCUUAUGAGAGUGUCUAGUCUUCUUUUGAAUGAGUCAUUUGAAGAGACGGAUACCAUUUCUUCGGGUAACAGGUCCCGAAAAUUCAUGACGGUGUGAAAACUUGUUUGCCACUGGUAUUUUGUUCGUUCUUGGCUUCUUUACUCGCCUGCUACUUCCUCUGAGUUGUUUUGUUCUAUUGGAAAAGAAUCGUUACCUAGUAAAUCAAGAUCAGAUAACCUCUUACGAGGCAGUACAGAGUAAAGAUGUUUAGCUCCUCAAGCCGUUCUUUGUGUGGUUAAUCCCAAAGUUCUGGAGUUUCACGGGUAUCUACCCUCUACUAUUUCGGCAUAUACGAGUCAUCUUCCAAUCGGGUUUAAAGCGUAAACUCAGUUUUCAAGUUUGCAUUUCAUAAAGGUCAUGUAUACUGUAGUGAACAAAUUAUAAACCUCUUAGCUGUGAACACAUUAUAGUGGGCCGUAGUCUUAAGAUCAUGGUUCAUUGUUACCCUAAUAUCAUUGUGAAACCGAACUGCGGGAAGUGACACUUCACCUAUCAACGUCAUGUAUUCAAAGUAACUAGUGUCCAUUUUAUUUGUUUAUUUAUUUAAGCAGAUAAACAACGGUACAAGAAAAUACCAAAUAGAUAUGCACCACACUUCGCCGUUCGAUUUUUAUAGGGAUUAGGACUGCUUAGUUGCUCAAACCGAAACAGGUGGUUCUAUUAAGGGACCUCUCCCCGAGCCUUUGACCUAUAGGUUUAACCUACAAGACCAUGAAGCAACGUUAGGAGAUGCAGUCCCAUGGUAGCCGGUGACCAACAAUGGGCUCAUACGCCAUUUGUACCUCCAAGAUCCUGGAGCCUAUGUACACCAUUGGUUUGGAAUCAUGGUUCUUGAACUCCUAGGUGGAUCCUACGUAUUCAGCAAACCAGUCAAAGCGUCGGACAUUCGCUUUUUGUCCUCUCAAUUUUGUAAACAACACCCUCGCCGAGAGAAGGCAGUGAUUAGAACUUCCCUGUUAGUGGCUGUAUACAUAUGGCCAUGUGCGGGCAUUUCGAGACUCCCUAUUCGACCGUACCACGGUAUUUAAGUACAUUUGUCCACCAUAUAUAGAGUAGUACAUAUGAGACAAUAGAAUAUAAAUUCGAUCGUUUCAAGGUUUGUAUCAUGUGAUUUUGGUCAGAAAAGGCCAUUGUAGUUCAGGGACAUUCAAUCCUUAUCUUUGAAUCUUGGAUCAUAGCACUUAUCUUUUAUCCCUUUCACGUUUCAAAAUAUAUUUGUAGGCUCAAAGUAAAGCUAUAUUUCCUUGCACAUAUUACCCAAUUUUUCUACAGAAAUUUAUCCUUUGUACUAGUGUAUUUCGGGGUCCAGUACUAUCUGGUAUGCUGGAAGUAUUGCAUUCUUAAUCGGUUUAUGGAAGCCCUCUAUAGCGGUUUUCUCUUCUAGUAAAUCUUGUAGGACUUGGAGCUCGUUGCUGAGAUCUAUCCUGAAUUUGUAUUAGUACAACUACUUUUGCAUGUGGGGCGUUUCCCUCUUCGUGACUAGAGUACAAUAACCGUUUUCCUGAAGUCCGUCCUUUUUGUCCAGCUUGGUCGGAGUUGUCUAUUCCAAAUACAGCCAGAUUCUAUCUUGGCUGUGCCACUUGAAGGGUCGUCGUGGCGCCCCACGGUUUUCAUAUAUUUAGUGUAUUUAUUUUUAAAACAAUUAGCCCCUUUGAUAAAUUUCGAUAAUGCAAUGAGAAGACGAAGUUUUUCAGAACUAUGUGAUAUAUUAGCGCAAUACAUUUCGAACAAUCUGAUCACACAUUUAUUUUUAUUAUUUCCGUGGUUUUCAAAAGCAGAGUCGGGCUUGUGACUUCCUGAGAUUUCUGGCUUUCGGCAUAAGAGGGAUUAUAACUCCUACUUCAAGUCCUUUCAACUCUCGGAGCAGAGUUAUAUUGUUCACCACUGAUUAUCUUUUUUACAGAAGUUUUCACAAAGUAAGGUUACUAACUCUAACCCAAUCCUGCUUCACGCGGUCUUGGGAUGGGCAGUAACCCUAAACAGACCCUAGGCGAUGUAUCUCACUUAUGAUUAAAUUACCCAUUACUACACUGUUUAAUAUUAUCAAAGCAUCUGACUACUGAGGCUACUCACCAAGUGGCAAGUUGUGCGUCCCGAGAAAACACUGUCUGAACCGUUUUUGGGGUAAAUGAAUCACCCGGCCAGAGUUUACGUUUAUCUGUAUCAUUACCGUCCCUUAAUAAUGCUUCUCAUUUGAUAGACGAGUUCUCAAAAAUUUAUAAAUAGACUCACUCAAAAUAAAUACUCUAGGAUUUAAUUUGUCUUACAGGUAUUCUACUAGAAUUGUAUACGGAAUCCAGCUGCUGUUUUAACGCUCUUGAUUUUGUCUGAUGACCAUCUUGAUUUCUUCUGUUGUUGAAGGUUUGUCGGUGCUGCUUCGAUAUCUGGUGUAUCUAAUGGGGCUCGGCUAUUCAGGAGUUCUUCGAAGUAUUCUUACCCAUCUGUUCUUAUGUUCUCGAAUCUCAGUGAUUGUCUUGCCUUGUUUGUCCUUGAUCGGUAUCUCUGGUUUGCUAUACUUUCCUGCUAGUUUAUUCAUUGUGUCAUGUAGUUGUUUUAUAUUUCCUUAUCUUGCAGCUAUUUCUGCUGUCGUUGCUAGGUCUUCCGCAUAUUUCUGGUUUUCGGCUCUAAUGCUCCUGUUCACUUGCUUGUUUGACUUCAGUGCUUCAGCUGGUUCGUUGUCUGGUCCUGCUUCUUUUCCACUCUUGAUAGAUGUUAAUAAAUGCAUCAUGUAGUCAUUUUGUCUACGUCAUUAAUAUUUCAUAUUAUUAACCUACAGUGACGGCUGUAGCGAUGUGCCUCCCACUCCUUAAUAACGUUAGUUUGGAAUAUAUCUUGUCGGCUCUCGCAUUACUAUCCAAAUAACUACUGUAGUCGGCAAUUUACGCGCAUUAUAUACUCGUUAUUUAAGUGCUUUUCGAAAGCCAGGAUAAAUCUAUUGGCUAUCUUGAAGCAGUAAGGUGUCUUCAAUUUUUCCAUUAGUUGCUAUGCCGCUGUGUUCUUCUGACUUAACUCAUAUAUGUGUCUAUUCUGAUUUAGGCCUUAGUGCGAUGCGAAGACAUGGAGAUCAAGACUUCUCGCCUCCGUCGAAGCGACACAGAGACCGAUCAGGAUAUUCAGAGAGACAUCGAUCGGUAUCUCGAAACUCUCCUAGUUCGAGGUCCAAGUAUUCUCUCUCAAAUAGACAUUCUUCAAGACCGAAGAAUUCAGAAGGAAGGACUCAUGGGUUAGAUCAUUCUAGAACUAUAUGUGUAAGAAACAUUUCAUCUAAGUUGAGUGCUGAUGUUGUUGAACAAUGUGUGUACCGGGAACUAGGAAAGUAUGGAGACCUUUCUAUCAAUGUUGGGCAUUUGGGUGGCGAACGCGUCGCUCUGGUUACCUAUCAAUAUUCUGAAGACGCACAAGAAGCGCUCUGUGAUAGCCCAACAAUUUACAUACUUGAUCGUCCUGCAAACGUUACCUCAUUAAUGGAUAUUUCUAGUGAUUGUGAUACGCGCAAAGUAAUUACCAGCAAAAAACGUCAAGAAGGAAUGGAAGCUGAAGAUAUUAAUGACCGACGACACCUUAUGCACAAUAUUCCCGGCAAAGUAGAGUCCGCUUUUCCGGAUUUUUUACCUAAACCAACUCCACUAGGUCCAUCAGGUACUACAAGCCUACUUGGUAUGCCUGGAAUGGCAUCUUCUGCCAUGAUGGCUGCUGCUGCAAAGGCUCUUGGUCUGAAUGCUGUCCCUGGGGUGUUGCCACCUGCACAGUUGAAUGCAAUCACUUCUCACAAUCGCUUUGGCUCUGCAAACCUUCGGCACUAUGAACAUAACAGAAGUGGAUUCUCUCCUGGAGCAUCCGAUUCAGAAAAGGAGUCAAAAGCUACAAGGACUUUGUUUGUUGGAAGUUUAGAACCAGAUAUAACGGAAAAAGAGGUACUCUCAGCUUUUGAGAGAUAUGGUUAUGUUGAACAAAUUGAUAUUAAGCGUUCUCCGAAACCCGGUGCUCAUUCUUAUGCAUUUGUACGCUUUCAGAAUGUUGAUAUGGCCAGUCGUGCAAAAAUGUCCAUGUCUGGUCGUUUCAUUAGAUCCUUACAUUGCAAGAUAGGCUAUGGUAAAGCGAUUCCAUCGCACUGUCUGUAUAUUGGUGGAUUAGAAUCUUGGCCUUCCGCUGAUUCACUGCAGCGUAUGCUCUCUCGUUUUGGACAACUGACUUAUCUUGAUUGGUCUCCUAGACGUAAAUAUGCAAUCGCCAUCUAUGACAGCUGUGAAUCAGCACUCGAAGCUAAUAGACAAUUAAAAAGUCUCUCAGCAACUAGUCGUCCAAAUUUAAGACUUCGUGUAGAUUUUAUAAACCCUGAAUUAAUCCAACCAAAGCCACAGAUUCUAAACAAGACGGACUCUAACAUGGAAAGUGACAGUCAAGACAAUCAAAUGUCAGAAUCACGAAAUGCUAUAAUUAGGUCUGAUACUGGAAUUCUUGUAACUGCAAAUAACUGUCGUAUUCGAACAAAUGAACAUUUUGAUGGAGGACCGUACACGAUGAACCAGUAUUCCAUAGACGAUCCCGCCGGUGAUAAAAAUCUCACUACUGUACGACACUUACCUUAUGCAAAGCCAUCUUUUCAUAUAUCUAAUCGAUAUCACACAUACAAUCGGAACACACCUCGCUACUCGGACAACCACGGUAUACUCAGUCCAGUAGAUGAUAUUCCAUGUAACCUGAAAUCAAUCGUCACUCUUCAAGAACUAGACCAACAUCUACAACCGGAUUUAUGGAAAGGAAAGUUCUUAUUGAAAAAUAGCCAUUUUUAUUUUCGUUGUUUGAUGUUAGUAGGUAAUAAAGAUAUCAGUCAAGACUUACUGGACUAUAGAGAUAAUAACAGUAAUUCCGAACGACUAUGUAGUCCGACUUUACGUAUUUCACGCCGAGGCACUCUUGAUGCUUCAUGGAUGGCUGAAGCCACGCAUCGUAUUCAUAAUGUACUAUCUACAGCUCGUCAUAAUUUAUGCCUCAUGUUAAUAUUACCCGAUAUGGAGCAAACUAAUAAGUAUCUGGACAAGGAAUCUAAACUGAAUAAUCAGUCGAAUACUGAAAUUACGGAUGUAAAAACAACAAUAAGUCAUUGUUUUUCACUACACGCUUUAAUUGCUUAUUUAAAAUUAAAACAAUCAGCUGGUAUAAUCUAUCCAAAUGAAGAAAAAGUACUACAAGAAUCAUUGAAUACUAGUUCCGAGAAAACAACUACAACACGACGUUCAUCUUUGAUAGUAUAUUUAUUUGCACCAAGCAGUUUUGCAUUAAGCUUAUUAAAACAAGCAGCACCUUGCUUAAGUUCAGAUUUGGCAACAACAAGUGAUUAUAUGGUUCUUUUAGUAUUAAAGCGGUAAUAUAAGAAAAAACAACACACUUUAAUUUCUUAUUUUCUUUAUUUUUGUACAAAUUUAUCUGUAUGUAAGCAUUUUUCAUUAAUUCACUUGUUUAUUUAUAUUGUUAUUCAAUUUGAAAUUAAAAUAAAUCGUUUCUGUGAAUCAUAAUUCUAUUGUAUUGUAUAUGUAAUAAUUUGGUUUGUUAUAUUUUGUCUUUUUCGGUUAAAACUAAAUAAAAAAUAACGCUUAGAUUGAUGUUCAAAAUUCUUUAGAACAACUUGAAUAAAAAAGAAUUUUGACAAACGUACACAACUUUAAAUUGAAAUAACCAAUAUUUAAACAAUAUUUGCAAGUUUGUUUCAUUUAUGUUAUAAAUAUGUAAAAUAAAAUGGUGUACUAAGUAGAAAUUGUUCUAUAAUCAUAAUCAUAAUUUAUAUUAAUUAAUAAAUUAGUGAAAUCAAUUAAUAAGAAAAUAUUUUAUGAAUAAAUUUAUGAUUAGUAUAUAUUAUCGCCAAAUUUUUAUUAC